AUGGCCAAGUGGCUCCGGGAGUAUCUGGGGCGGGGGGACCCCGGCGCUCCCCUCCCGCCCGCCCCAGCUGACUACAGCGGCGGUGAGCGCCCGUCCCACCGGUACCGGUACCGGGGCACCCACCCACAGGGUGAGAGUGAGUACUCAGAGCCCUGCGAGGGGGAGCAGGACCCCGAGCCCGUGGGUGGCAGCGAGGAGCCCGGUGAGGCCACAGGGUGCCAGCGACAGGGCGAGGGCCGGCGGGCAAGGGUGCAGCAGGGACCCCAACUCUACGACACUCCCUCCGAAGAGUGGGAGACAGGUGGGGAGGGCCCGGGGGUGCCCCCCACCCGCCAGAGCCGCCUGCCCCGCCACGACGAGCGCCCAGCUGACGAGUACGACCAGCCCUGGGAGUGGAAGAAGGACCACAUCUCCCGGGCCUUUGCAGUGCAGUUUGAGAGCCCCAAGUGCUCCCCCAGCCUGUCCCGGCAGCUGCCACGGUCCCCCCAGCCCCCCAGUGGUGCCAGGCCGGGCUGUCCCCCCAGCCCCCGCCACGUGGACACCUCGCUGCCCCUGGAGAAGCAGGCGUGGUACCAUGGCCCCAUUGGGCGGGCAGGCGCCGAGACACUGCUGGCGCUGUGCCGGGAGGGCAGCUUCCUGGUGAGGGACUGCGAGACCAGCCCUGAGGACUACUCCCUCUCACUCAGGAGCAGCCAGGGCUUUGUGCACGUGAAGCUGACACGGACACGGGAGCAGCACUUUGUCCUCGGCCGUGCCGGGGCCACCUUCCCCUCAGUGCCGGCAGCCGUGCGGCACUACUCAGCGCGGGCCCUGCCCGUCCGCGGUGCCCGACACCUUGCCCUGCUCUACCCUGUGGCCGCGCAGCCCCUGUGA